AUGGCCACGUCGUUGCUCUUCCCCUUGGUAGCGGGCCGCGUGCCGGCCAGCGAUGACCCGCUGCUCGCGUCGAGCCUUGCUCCCCUCUUCGAGCGGAUGCUUGCCGGCUACACGGCGCUGCUUGACCGUCCGGCUGACCUGACAGCCAAUGACCGGGCCAUUUCGCGCCUGGCCCUGGCGGCCCUGCGUGCCAUCUGUCUUGGGGCCGCCUCGUCUCGGCGGCUCAACGACACCCCGGACAUCUAUGGUCGCAUGGUGUCGGCCCUGGUGCGGGUCGUGCGACUCGCGAACAAAUGGUCUGCCCAAGAUCUCUUCGACAAGCGCGCCGUGGCGUCCAUGGGUCCCGUGGGCGCCGCUGGCGACCUCGCGAGGGAUAUGUCAACCCUCCACUGGGUCCAUCGUCGCAUGCUCGGCUGCCACGCGCUGCGGACCCUGCAACACCUGGCCAGCCAGGCCGAUGCGACCACCAUCAAGUGGCUGCUGGAUCCGAUCUUGAGGCUGAGCUGGCGCAAGUAUAAGACCCACAGCGGGGCCUGGCCAUACGAAUUUGUUGCCAAUAUGAUCCUCCAGCUUCGGAAGCACCUUGACGCGAGCGACGUCCAUGCCCUGUUCGCCUACCUGAUCGACCGGAUCAAGGCCUUUCAAGCCGACGACCUGGACAAAGGCACCUUCCUGUGUGAUACGAUGCAUUUGGUGCUGGUCCUGCGGAUGGUCUUCGAGGGGAUAUUUCCGUCGGGUUUCAGCGAGGCCAGGCAGCCGCCGGCACUCUUCGCCCUGCCGUCAGCCGAGGCCCUCUCGAUGUACCUGGCGGACCUUGGGCAGGAGGAGCCGGCCCGAGGCGAAUACCAGCCGGACGCCCUGCUGGGUGGUGGUACCCCGAGCGCCGACCGGUCGUCCCCUUCCCCGGCCAACAGUGUGGGGGGGCUCUUGAGCAGUGGUCUCUCGGAGACCGGCGCCGAGGCCCAUGGAACCGGCCCAUCGCCGAUGCACAUGCCCAUAGUCGAAAUGUUGGAGUGCUGUCUUGGCCACUGGUCCCUGAGAUAUCCAUACCAAGUGCGCCUGCACAUCGUCGAAAGGAAGUGGAGCUCCAUGCCCGUCGUAUCUCAGAAAUGUAUGGAGCUGCCGCCGCUCGAUGCCGAUCCGAUCCUGGUGGAGAACCUGCAGUCAAAGGUCUUCAAGCUGUGCUGGCUCCUGCUGUCGCUGGCUCAGGUGCUGAUCCGCCGUAUUGACACCCUGACAGACCGGAUGGCCUGCUCACUGUCUACCCUGCGCAUCAUAACGGCCCUGGCUGGCGGCGAGCUGGAUGAGGCCACCAUGGAUCAUCGUUUGCCGGUGUUGGUUAACACGGCCGGGCGAAUUGCCCGGGCUCCGGUGCAGUCCUACGACUGGACCAGCCCGCUGUUGAGCUCGGCCAGCCAGCUCUCCACCCUGGCGGUGGGGAAUCUGUCGAGUCCGAAAUUCGCCGUUCGAAGUUGCACGUAUGUGCUGCUGCACAAGCUCCUCCGCGCGAUGCUCGAUGAGGUACCGGGCGGCCGGCGCCCGGGGCAGUCGGUGCUGGCUGCCUUUGCCAAGGCACAUGGCGGGCGCCUGCUCGCGUCGCUGACGUCGGUCUUCAGCCGGGAGCUGACUCUCACCUCGGCUCCGGCCCCCGGGGCGGAUGCCCUGUCGAUGUGCGACAUUCUCGGCCUGGUGGUGGCCUUGGCCGACUACACCGGGCUGCAGGCGGCGGCCGCGGCGGCCGACGGCACGGGCGACCCGGCGGUCCUGCCCGCGGCAGGCGCCCUGGCUGUGGCCGCUGUGGUGGCGGCAUUGGCCGCGGCGGCCGACUCGGCAUCCGCCUCGCCCUCGACCCGGGCGGCACACACGCACAACCUCCUGGCUCUGGUGGCGUGUCUGUACCUGAGCCGUCUCAGUGCCCUGGUGCCGGCUGCUGUGUGCCCCGUGCCAACCGGUGUCCAUGAGCAGCUGCUUCAGGCCACCAGGGCGGCGGUGGAUCUGGCCGCGCUGGCUGCCGCUCUACCGGAGUUUGAACCAUACCUGACUGAUCUGAGCAUGGCCCUGUCGAUCGCUGGCGGCAUUGCUUUCGCCCCGGAGGAUCUGACAUACGCUCCCCUUUGUCCCCCUCCCUCCCCUCCUGCCUCCAUCCGUUUGGUUGCGUUUGAUUGGGUGGGCCUGACAUCGGCGCUGGCCUGCUCGGCCGACGAGCUCGGCACCGAGAAGGCCGGGUUAUUGUCCCACUCGGACGAGGCGCGUCUGGCUCUUGCGGCGCUGGUGGCCAAGACCCGGCCAGAGUUCCGGGCUUCGGCUUUGGAUGCGGCGGGCAAGGCCUCCCAGGAGGAGCGGCGCGCCGCCUGAGCCGACGCCUGGUGGCCCGCAUGACGCGCACACUUCGUGCAAUACCCCCCUCCCCCCUCCCCCCUCGUGGACAGUCAGGCGAUUCACGCAUCCUCCAACACUUGGGGGUGAACGCCCGGGUCCGGGUAGUUGAGGUCACAGGCCUCACCCACAUGUCCGAUACCCCGGCUCCGUUGCCAAUCGUCCCUCCCCGAUUGGAACGAGCCCUGUCCGGAACCUGAACAUAAUGAACGUGACUAUGAUAUGAAG